AUGCAUAGACGAAACAAAGAAUAUACCGUAAGAAGUAACAACAAAUUUGAUCUUCUUAAAAAUGAUGAUGAGAAACAUGUACACAGUGAAAGGAACCAAAAGUAUAGCAACAUCUCUUAUCAUAUAAGAAAGUUAUUUAGUUAUUGUGAUGCAGAUAUUUUAAGGAUUGAAAAUAAUUUAAUAAUAUAUAAUAGUUUAAUAGAUAAUAUAAAAAAGAAUGGAAAUAAAAUAAUAAAAAAGGAAGUUGAGAAAAUAAUUCGAGAAAAGGAAAAAAAUGAACAUUAUAGUUUAAAAGAAAUGAAUGAAGAAGAAUAUAAAGUAACAAAUUUUGAUUUGAAAAAAGUAGAACUUGAUUUUAAAUUUAUAGAAUGUAGUUUAUGUUUUGAAUUAAUUAAAUUUAUAUGUAUACAAGAAUGUAAUCACACAUAUUGUUUUUUAUGUUUUUAUCGUUUAUUAUAUAUGGAGAAAAAAGAAAAUGAUAAUUUAAAUAACCAACAAAAUUAUCCCGCGAAUAAUAAUUAUCAUAACAACAACAAUAAUAAUAUUAGUACAAGUCUUAAUACAUCUACUAGUAAUACACAACGUAGUUAUUACAGAAGUAAUGUUAGUAGUAGUACUAGUGAUUAUACCUUUAGAGAUAAUAAUUAUAAUAAUGAUUCUUUUUUUAAUAUGGAUAGUAGAAGAUCAAGAAAUAGAAGAAAUGAUAACCAAAAAGAAGAAAUAUAUAAAUAUGAAUUUGAUAAAGUUCAAAUGAAAUGUCCCUUUUGUAAAGAACAUAAUGAAUAUAUAUUUAUUUGUUUAAAUAAUUUCUAUACACAUUUUACGUAUGAAAAUUUAUUAAAUACCUUGCUAGAAAAAGAAGUUGAGCAGAGCUUAAUGUAUGCAUCAAACGAGCCCUUAGAAUUAAGUGAAUAUACAUCAAGGGUAAAAGAAAAUACAAAUGAGAAAAAGAGUUCAAAAGGUAGUAACACAAAACGUUUUAUGGAUAAAAAUAGAAAAGAGGAACAUAAUAAUAAAAAUAAAGAUAAUAAUUGUGCUGAUAAGAGGGAAUAUACGAAAGAAGAUAACCACAAGGAUCAGAAUCAAGAUAGUACUAUUAAUAAUAAUAAUAAUAAUAAUUGUAGUAGUUGUUGCAAUAAUUGCAUUCAUAUGCAAAAUGAACAUACAAAAGAAUCCUUGUUAGGUAAUGGCGAUACACAUAAAGAUUUGAAUUGUAAAGACGAUUUAAAGAAAAUUUUUUCUUCUUAUUAUGAUGAAGUGAUAAUAUUAAGGAAAAUAUUAAAAAAAGAUACAUUAUUAAAUAAUAAUACAAAUAAUAUGAAAAAAGUUGAAAAUAUGUAUUUAUUUUUUUAUUAUGAAAAAUAUGUAAAAUGGAAAAAGAAAAGAAUAAAAUAUUUAGUAACGUGUAUUAAUUCACAAAAAAGGUAUGCCUUUUUUUCAAAAAUAUUUGGUGAUAUUGAAAAAAAAAUAUUCUAUGAAUAUUUCUAUAUAUUUAGUUUAUGUACACUUUUAACUAGCUAUUCUUGUUUAGUUAGUCCAUGUAUUGAUUAUUGGACAAAGAUACAAAAUAGAAAAGUAGAAAAAUAUAAAAUGAACCAUAAGGACGAUAAAUAUUUUGAACAGAUAUAUAUAAAGAAUGAGAAAAUAUUAUUAAGAAAAAAAAAUGAUUCCAUAUAUGAUAAAUAUCAACAACAUACAAAAAAUUUAUUUUAUAUAAGUGAAGAAGAAUCAGAAAAAUCUGAUGAUUAUUUUAAAGUUAUUGACAUAUUUUAUAAAAUAUGUUUUACAAAUUUAGAUAAUAUUAAUAUAUUAAGUCAUUUAAAAAAUUACUCUUAUAAAAAAUUAAAUGAAUUAUGUAGACAUAUGCAUGAACAUAAUAAAACAUAUUGUGAUAUAUGUGUUGGAAAUAAUGAUAAUAUCUUCCUAUUUGAAUAUAAUAUAUUUUAUAAAAGAUAUAUUAAAGUUCAUAUUGAAUAUGGAGAAAAAAUAGGAGAUCAAAAAUAUCAAAUUAGACAUAUCUAUUGUCAUUUAUGUAAUAUAUAUUUAUAUGAUUUUGACACUUACAUGAAGCAUGUUAAUAAAUAUCAUUUCUUUUGUAAAUUCUGUUUUAAUAAAAAACCGAAUCAGUCGAAAGAAAAUAUUCAAAAUGUUAUAGACGACGUGGUAUAUUACGAGGAGUUGCAUCUUUAUGUUUAUAAAGAUUAUGAAAAUCUCUUUGAGCAUUAUAAAAAGAAACAUCACCCGUGUCUUUACGAGCAAUGUUUGUUUGUUGUUUUUGAUAACAAGAUAGAUUUAUGCUUACAUUUAGCUGAAAAACAUGAACAAAGAGGAAGCAACAAAAAGAAUAAAAUAACAUUGUCUAUUGGAGGGGCGUCCUAUAGUGAAAUAAGAAAUAAUGCCCUAAAGCAUCAAGACCAAUUUUAUAAUAAUAAUAAUAAUAAUAAUAAUAGUAAUAAUAAUAAUAAUAGUAUUAGUAGUGGUUAUAGAGAAAAACCUAAAAAUAAAUAUACACAUAAGGAUAAUGAAACAAAUGAUUUAAAUGGAGAUGAUGAAGAUACAGAUAUUAUUGAUCCUAAGGAACAUAAAUGUAUUUAUAAUUUUAGAAAGUUUUAUGAUUGUUGGUAUUUUGAUUAUUAUAUAGAUUGUAAGAUUGUAGAUUUUCUUAAAUAUUUUUUUUCAAUGAAACCUUUUUUUUUGUAUAUUAUAAAAGAAGAUAUAAAUUUAAUUUUAUGUGUUUUUGAGAAUUUCUCAAAAUUGGAUAAUCCUUUGUAUUUUAAUCAAGAUGAAAUAAUUGAAUUAAAUAAAAAUAUUAUACUCAAAGAUUUUUUAUCCAUCCAUAAUCAACAUACAAAAAACAAACCUCAUAAUACAAAUAACAUAAACCAUAUGAAAUAUAAUAAUAUAUAUGAUGGAAAUAGUAAAUAUAAUAAUACACACAAUUUUACUAAUUUAUUUUUUAUCGUAAAAUUGUUCUUUGAUUAUGUAGUGGAAAAAGUAGAAUAUCUUUUAUAUAAUAAAGAAGAUUUAGAAAGAAAUUAUUUAUAUUUGUUUUUUCAAAUUAUACACAAUAGAUCAUUUAUUUUAUAUUAUUCUUUUUUAUUUAUAUACAUAAAUCAAAAAGGACUCAAUUUUGAAGGUUCCUUAAGCACAAUGAAUAAUAUAAACAACAGCACUAAUAAUAAUAAUAAUAAAAGUAAUAAUAAUAAUAAAAGUAAUAAUAAUAAUAAAAGUAAUAAUAAUAAUAAAAGUAAUAAUAAAAAUUGUAGUAAUAGUAGUAACAAUUUCGACAAAAAAGAUAAUAUGCAGAAUCAAAAAAUUGAACAAGAAAUGUGUUAUAGAAAGAAUCCACUUAUAUAUAAAUGCGAUGAAGAUAUGUUAAAAUAUAAAAUGUUGAUUGAAAAUAAUUGUAAUGUUAACUUAAAAUAUUUAAGUAAAUAUGGUUUCUUAUAUUUAAUAUUUUUAUUUUUUAAAAUUGAUAAACAUACUGUUCAAAAUGUUAUCACAUUCGUCAAACAAAUCUUUUUAUUAUGUAAUGAUAUAUAUAGAAAAGAUAUACAUACAAAGGAUGUGCAUGCAAGUAAUGUAUAUAUAAAUGAUUCAGAUAAAAGUAAUAUUUAUAUGAAUAAUAUACCAACCAAUCAGGCGAAAAAAUUCCAAUCGACAAAUGAUAUUGUUAUACCUCUAAUAUGUAAUAAAAAUGAAAAGAGUAAAAAGGUAAUGUUAGGCGGAAAUUUUAAAAAAUUAGAAAACACGACAUUUUUACUAGAAGCCAUAAAAGAACAACAACAACAACAACAAGAAGAACAAGAAGAACAAAAAAAGAAAAAAGAAGAGUGUGAAUAUUCAGAAUUGGAAGAUAUAAAUCAAUUAAUUAAAAAAUGUUUGAAAAGAAAAAAUCCAAAUAAUAAUAUUAUAACAAAUAUAUAUGAUAAAAAAUGUGAUAUAUCAAAAAAAGUAAUAUUAGAUCUAUUACCAUAUGUACAACCAAAAGUGGAUUUAGUUUCUUUUUUCUAUCUAUUCUUAAGUAAUUAUUUUUCAGCAUAUGUAAAGGAUGAAAACAUAAAUAAAUUAAUAAAUUUAUCAAAUAUAAAUAAAAAGAAAAUAUUAAAUAAAAUCUCAGUAGAUGUAGAUAAUAUAUCCUUAACAACCAUAUCAAAGGAUCUUGCAAAUUUUGUAAAUGCAAGAACGUUAGAAGAAUGUUUAUCUACUGGUCCUGAAUAUUAUCGUAUAAGAAAGGACAUAGAAAAUAUUCUCAAAAUUAAUAACAAUAAUAAUAAUAAUAAUAAUAACAGCAACAACAACAACAACAAUAAUAAUAAUAGUUGUUAUAAUAAUUACAGUGUAAGUUUUAAAAAUUCUGUAAAAAAUAAUCAUAAAGAAAAUACAAAUAUUUUAAUCAACGAUGUGAAGAAUUGUUCAAAUCUAUAUGAUUUAUCUUUAUCCUUAAGGAAUAGAUUUUUAAAUAUUAUAAAAAGUACAAAACUAAAUGAACUAUAUUCUAUUUAUUUUUACAUAUGCACAAUAAUGUUAUCGAAAGGUAGUAGCCAUAAAAAUGCACCCACUGAAGAAUACCCAUCUCUUAACUAUGACAAUAAUAAUAAUAAUAAUAUAAGUAUUAAUAAUUUAAGUAAUAACAAAUUUAACAUCAAUACAUCAAACAAUGUUGUAAAUAAUAAUCAUAACAAAAAUAACCGCACGUCAAGCAUCAAAACUAAUAGCAGUAAUAAAACACAAAGCACAAAAAAUACAAAAACAAAUAUUAAUUCCUACAAAAAUAAAGUAGAAAUGAGUAAAGAAUCAUAUGUAAAUACUAAAAUAAAUAACCUAGAUUUAGAAUACCCACCCUUACCUUUAGGAGAUGAUAAAAAAGAAAAACUAAACGAAGAAAAUGAUUUAUUAGAAUCUUCAAAAAAUAAAAAAGAUAAAAACAAAAAAAAACUUCCAAAAGAAUACUCACAAAUUAUAAAUAAAGAAAAUACAUGUUCAAAUAAAAAUUUAUUAGAUAAAAUUAAAAAUAUAGAUAAUAAAAAAAAUAAAAAUGAAAAUAACAAAUGUAAUUUAACUACCAUAAAAGAUACCAAUAAUUUAUUUUUAGAUAGUAAUAAUUAUCCAUCACUUAUUACUAAUGAGAAAACAAAAAAAAAUGUAGAAAAAAAUAAGGAUAAAAAGAAAACCAAAAAUAAUAAUUCACAAAAAUUUAAUGAAGAUGAUUUUCCUCUUCUUCAAUCUACUGAAGAAAAUAAAAAAAAUAACAAUAAAAAUAAUCAUUCUCAUAUUUUACAAAAUGAAAUAAAUAAUAAUAAAAAUAUACAAAAUAAAAAACAAAAUUCCUCAUCCAAAUGUAAAAAUGAAAAGAAUUCAUACGAACAAUCCUCUUCAUCAUUUGCUCUAAAUUACCAAUCAUAUAUUAAUUCUACAGAAAGUAAUGUUACAUAUACAAUUAAAAAGAAAAAUAAAGUUAAGAGAUGUAAUAUUUGUACAUAUGAUAAUCCAUGUGAAAGAAAAAAAUGUGAACUAUGUGACAGCGUAUUAUAA